CAAUUCUUUUAAAAUAAAGUAUACAUAUACAUAUUACUUUUCCGCUGAAGUGUGAAAAUGCAAAAAAAAUAGAAAAGAGUUGCUUUAAAAAAAAAAGUUUUCAAAAUUUUGGAAAACUAUAUUUUGUUUUAAAUUUUUUUAGUUUUAUUUUAGUUUUCCUUAUUUAGUAUUUUGUAAUAAGUUAAAAUUUAAGUUACUUACUUAUCUUGGAAAGAAGGAAAAAAGGAAGGAAAGGAAAAUAAUUUUCUGUGACGUGGCCACAUUUAUAUUUUCCAGAAGUUCGAACUGAAUUUCCAAAAAUUCACAAAAUAAUAUUUUGUUUGUGUUUGUUUGUAAAUUGUUUGAGUGCUGUUUCUUUUUAAUUUUCUUUAAAUUUUAUAACAAAUCAAUUUUUCAUAAAAGUUUUGCCGUAAUCUAAUUUUUAGUUUUUUAAUAACACAUAAUAUUUUUAUGAGAUACAUAUUAUAUAAUAAUUAUUAUAGAAAAAAUAUUAUUAAAUUUUUGUUAAAAUGUUAAGAAAAAGGAGUAUUAAAUCAAGCGACUCACAAUUUGCGUCAAGCAAACAAUAUCAAAACAGACAAAGUGAAAGAAAGAUGGACUCGAAUCAAAGCGCUGUCGAUUUAGGGAAUUUUAAAGUUCUCUAUUUAGUAACGCAAUUAGUUGGUAUUACAUUAAUUAUAUUGAUGACUAGUUGGAUUGGAAUUCAUUUAAAUGGAUUUGGUGGUACAAGUAAUCCAUCAAUUGAAUUUAAUUGGCAUCCAUUUUUAAUGACAAUUGGAAUGAUCUUUCUUUAUGGAAAUUCAAUAUUAAUAUAUCGUGGCCUAAGACAAACACGUAAAAAGAAAUUAAAAUUAAUUCAUGCAACAAUACAUGGUAUUGCAUUUAUAUUAAUUGUGAUUGCAUUGAUAACAGUAUUUGAUUCACAUAAUUUGGCUGUUCCACCAAUUCCAAAUAUGUAUUCAUUACAUUCAUGGUUAGGACUUGGUGCUGUUAUAUUAUUUGCAGGACAAUGGGUUGGUGGAUUUGUUGCAUUUUUAUUACCAGGAAUGAAAGAAAGUCUUAAAGCUACAAUAAUGCCGUUUCAUGUAUAUUUUGGAUUAUUUGGUUUUGUUUUAGCAAUAGCAAGUGCAUUAAUGGGUUUAACUGAAAAGGCAAUUUUCUCAAUGUCAAAAUCAUAUGCUAAUUUACCAAAUUCAGGAUUGAUUUUAAAUGUCAUAGGAGUUUUAAUGGCAGUAUUUGGUGGAAUGGUAGUUUAUUUGGCAUCAGAACCAAGUUAUAAAAGAAGACCUUUACCUGAAGAUGCAAUGUUAUUAACAAAUGCUCCGAAUGAAUAAAUUUUAUAUUCUAUAUAAAUAAUAUUAUAUUUUUUUUUUAUUUUAUUUUUGUAAAUGUAAUUCAAUACAAAAAAAAAUAAUAGUAAUGAAGGUUGUCCAUUAAUGAGCGCUUACAUUUAUUAACAUUAAAUCAAAAUAUUUUCUUUGAUUAUUUCAUUAUUUAAGAAUAAUUCUUUUUAAUACAUUUACAUAAAUAAUAUAUUAUAAUAUAAUAUAAAGACUAUUUUUUUGUGAUUCUUAUAUUUUAGUUGUUUAAUAUUCUAAGAAUAGAAAUUAUAUCAUAACUUUUUCAACUCAACCUAAUUCAUAAUAAUAUACAAAUAACAUGUUCAGAAUAUUCAUAAAUGGAAAUUUAUUUAAGAUUUUCUUUUUUUUACAAAAAUUUAUAUACUUUGUUUGUAACUAUGUACUGUUGUAGCUUGUCAUUUUAAAUGAAAAUUAAAAACAGUGAGAAAAUUAUUGAAAAAAAAAAAAAAAAUAAUUUUAAAUUUAAUCGUUGACUGUUGAUUUUUUAUUUUUUUAUAUUUUGCUUUUAAUAUAAACCAGCCUUAUAUUAAAAGUAAUAAAUUUAUUUAACUACAAGUAUUAUUACACAUUUUAAUUUUUUUUUUUUUGUAAAAUCUUGUAAUAAAUCUAUCUUUUUUAAAUAGGUAUGAGCUAUAAAUAAAUAGAUAAUAUUGUUCUUGACAUUUUAGUAAAACUAAUACAGUCAACGAUUUUCGAUAAAAUUAAAUAAAAUAUAAAUAAAUUUAAGAAAAUUCAUUAUAUAAAUAAACAAAGAAUAUCAACAUUAUAUUAUAAAAAUGUCUAUUUUUGCACAUAAGAAAAUAUCUAAUAUUCUUUCAGGCAAAAGUAAUUUAAAAUCAUAAAUAUAUAUAUAUACAUAUUGCUUAUAUUUUAAGUGUCUACAAAAAUAAUAUUAUUAUAUUAAAAAAAAAACAAAUUACAAAUAUAAAAAAACUUAAAAAUAAAUG